AUGGCGCAACAUUUCUUCCCCCAUGGCUCAUCCCACGCCAGCUUUCAGGACCCCCAGAUGCCUCAAUACAGCCAGCCCAAUUCAUAUCCUGCGUUUCCUCUAUUGCUCGGCUCCGGUCAAGUCCCUGAUACGCUACUAUAUUGGAACGACAACAAUUUGCAGACUGGGGUAGCUCCUAUUCCUCGUCCGACAUUUCCCUCGCUACAGCAACAACAUCUUCGAACACAGCUCCAACACCAACAACAGCCCCAGUCACAACCACAGCUGCAACCGCAAUUACAACAGCAGCAGCAACAAUUCGCUGCGGAGCAACGCAAGCAUAAACGGACACGGAGUGGAUGUCUCACAUGUCGAAGUCGGCGGGUCAAGUGCGAUGAAGGUCGUCCGGUAUGCGACAGAUGCAAAAAGGGAAAUAGACCCUGUGAAUACGCUCAGCCCAACGCAAAGUCAACAAGCAAUCGCAGGUCAGCACGAAGACAUCCGUCACAUGAAAGUAUAUCGUCGGAUGAAGACAAUGUAGAACAAAGUGGAAGUCUGGAUGUGAUUCCAGAUGAGGAUGAGACGGCCGAGUUUCCUAGUAGCCUGCCUUCGAUGAGGAUGGCAUCUGAUACAGGGUCGGCCAAGAGAAUCAGAGCGCAUUCACCAAGCAGUAACCGUACUGGACCAAGUAAUCUCUCCGAAACCUCUUCUGCCAGCAAAUCGAAAUCUCUAUCACCGGCCUCGGAUUGGGUUUCGUCCUCUCAAUCGUCGGCUUCUUCUGCGACUUACCAACAGCAACGGGGUCGAUUCCUGCAACGACCGGCGCGCAAUCUACCAGAUAUUUUCAAGAUCAAAAGGCUAAAGGAACAUGUUAAAUUCUUCUUGACCUAUCACCAGGAAAGGAUCAACCACCACCAUUAUUUUAUGAAUCUCGCAAGCGACUUGUUUUUCAGAGGGACACUAAUAGACAUGGCUCUUGAGUACGAACCGUUGUUGUAUGCAGUGGUGGGCUUUGCUGCGUAUCACCAUACCUUGGAACAACCUCAGGGGAAGCUCAAUGACUUUUUGAAAUACUACAACCAAUCAAUUCAAUUGCUUCGGAAGUCUCUUGCGUCUGGAGAAAAGCACAGCGAAGCUACGUUAGCUACCAUCCUGCAACUGUCAACAUUUGAGGAAACGAUUGGAGAUUUCGUGAACCUUGUUGAUCAUCAUCAAGCGGCCGAUCAACUGAUGCACGAACUACUUACUCCACAGACAAUUACAGAAAAAGAAGUACAUCGAUACCUGUUUGUUUGGCAUUCCCGCUUCGACCUUGUUGCUUGCAUUCUCGCCUCGAAUGAAGCCAUCUUGGAACGCGAGUGGUACACUUCGAUAGAGAAACACGAUACUGCUCUGGCGGCGCGAAAUCUGGACGACCCCAUCAUGCAACUAAAUGCGAUGACAUCACGGGUGCGACUCUUCGCCAUGGAUUAUGCAUCUCUUUUCGCCAAAUUUGCGAACGGAGUCAUCAAUCUUGAACAAUUUCAAACAGGCUACGACUACCUCAAUGAACUCAUCGACGACCUUCAUCAAUCCCUAAAAGCAUACGACGACUGCGAAGAGAUCACCAUGCCAGGCCCUGCUGUCCCAUUACAAGGGCCCGAAGAUAUCCUAGACACUGACAUGACGUGUCGUUUCUACCGCGACUCGAAAUAUUUCAUGAACUUCCUGUGGCCGGACGUACUCGCCACAGUACUCAUGUUCAAAUAUCAGUCUCAUCUGAUGACUGGCCGCCCCGACGGAGUCGAAUUACAGAAUAUCGCACUACGCAUCUGCCACCAUGCCGAAGCCAUUGCGCGAUGGCCCGAAAUGGAAGUUGGCACAGCUAUAGCAGGGCAUAAUUGGCUGAUUCUGAUGACCCUGUUUCUACCACGGGACAAAAAGCACAUGCAAUGGAAUAGACGAAUGUUCGCCCGGAUGGAAAUGAGCGGAUACGUGUACGCCCCCCGUGCGCGCCGCGCUCUGGCAGAACUAUGGAACGACCCCAGUGUCGAGGAAUGGUGGGAUCCAGCCGACGAAGAAGGCUGUCCCAGCAUCAUCAAGGAAAUACGCAAAUUAACAGAAGAGCGAACAACGAGUCCGCGCGAUCAUCUGCGCGAAGAAAUGAGAGAUCUCAAGUCGUUGUUUUCGGGUUUGAGUGUGAGUCAGGGGGCAUCUCCUGAAUCGCUACCUAAUACGUUGUAG